AAACCUUUUUUCUCUCUACCACUUUUUCCCUUAUGUUCCAUUUGAUUUGCUCUGUUUUUUCCUCUAUUUUUUUCUCUCUCUUUUGUUUUUUUUAAUCCCUGUAGGCAACAAUCUCCGUGAGGGUCUUACAUUAUUUAAUAACAUUAGAAAUUAAGGAUCUUGCUGGUGAUGUUUGGUAAGGGGAUCUCGUUCUUGGUGCAGGGUUCUUGCAAUCAUCCUCAAUCAUGUGUUUUGAGGGAUGCAGGCCAGUUGAGGAUUUUGGACAAUUGGUGGUGCCGGGAUUGAGUAUCAUGGUGGGAUGAUGAUAUAUGAGAACUAGCAAUCUUGUACGUGCGCUGCCAAAGUGCUCUCUUAAGAUUGCACCAAGGCUUGAGAUGAUUGAGAAGUCUGAGGUUGGUGCUAGGUCGUCAGAUUCAAAGGUGAAGGAAAGUGUUGCUUCCGACAAUGAAGGAGAUUAGGAAUUUAGGAUUAUUCCUGGUCUAAUUCAAUUAAUUGUUUAUGAUUGGGAAGGUGGGCUACCCAAUUAGUUGCUCUAUAAAUAUGAUAGGGUUAUAGCGGGUGAGAACUUUUGUUAACCUAAUUAGUUGCCCUCCCCAAGAAGCUGGCUUAGUAAGUGUAAAUGCUCAGUAGUUUAGGAUGGUCAUGAUGAACCUCUUCCAAUAUCUGUAGUCCUACAAUGCCUAAACAGUCAUUGCCAAGGCAGUUUUUAAUUGAAGUUGACCUUUUUUACUUAAUUAUCUAAAUUCAUUAUGGGUAUGAUCUAAAAUUAUAACUAAUGUUGUACGCUGUACUUCCAUGUUAGGCUACUACCAUGUUAUUAAGAUU